AUGCAGCAACAGUGGGAAGUAAAGGAAAACAAGAAGAAGGAGAGACUCGUCAAAGGAAGAGAUCUAGUUGAUGUCGUCUUCUCAUGGUCUGUUCUUGAUAUCCUAAACUCAAUUCUCUACAAAGGAAAGGUGGACAAAAUCCCAACCACAUUCUCUUCAAGCACAGAGUAUUUCAACUCAUUUGUGAAUCCGAUUAUAGAAGAAACACAUUCUGCUUUGUUGUCAAGCAUGGAGACUCUAAGACGAGCACCGACUUUCAAGUUUUGGGAAAUCAAGCCAGCCAAAGACUUUGAAUCUUCCAAGAGUCUCUUCUAUGAUGUUACUUUGCAAAGGACCUCUGAUAAUAUGACCAAUGGAGAUCGGAAAAUGCUAGAGGUCAAUGAUCUUAUUGCGGUUACUAACAAGAAGCCUACUCGAAUUGAUGACUUGAGAUGUUCCAAUGAGCCUUACUUGUUGGCUCUUGUGUUCCACGUGGAUGAAGAUUAUCCAAAUUUGAUAACUAUUUUGGCUUCAAAACCAAUUCUUUUGGAGGAUGAGAGCUCACAGAGGACGAAGAAGGGAAAGGGUGUGAUGAGUGUGAAGCAAAGCUUAAACCUUUUUGGGGUUUAUCUGAUCAACAUGAUGACCAACAUCCGUAUUUGGACCGCUUUGCAUCCAGAUCCAGAGAGAGGAAACUUGAAGCUUAUUUCAAGAGUACUUCAAAUCGACAAUGAGGUUGGUGAUGAGAGUUGUGUUUCUUGCCAAGAAAACGGUGAGAACGUUGUGUCACGUGACUUGGAGCGCACGGUACGUUCAUUCAAACUGAAUUUAUCUCAGGAGGAUGCGAUCUUGCGCUGCUUAGAAGCUAAAGAUUGCCACCACCGCAACACUUUCAAGCUUAUAUGGGGACCGCCAGGAACAGGGAAGACGAAAACGACAAGCGUUUUGCUUCUGAACCUUCUGAGAAUGAGAUGUAGGACGUUGACUUGCGCUCCAACUAACAUAGCUGUGUUGGAAGUUGCUUCUAGGGUUGUGGGAUUAGUCUCUGAGUCAUUAUUGAGGUUUGAUGGGUAUGGUCUUGGAGACAUUGUCUUGUUCGGAAACAAAGAAAGGAUGAAGAUUGAUGAACGUGAAGAUCUUUUCGAUGUGUUUCUUGAUUACCGAGUUGAUGAGCUUUAUAGAUGCUUUCAGGCCACAACCGGAUGGAGAGCAAAUGCAAACCGUAUGAUCAGUUUGCUCAGUGAUCCGAAGACAGUGUAUCGCGAGUUCCUCAUUGCGCUCGACGAGAAGAAGCGGCGUCCCUCGUUUGUGGAGUUUGUAGAGGAGAGGCUUAGCAUAAUCAGAACGGACCUGCGUUAUCAGUUCUCAGCUCUGUGCCUGCACUUACCAACCACUGUGCUCUCCUUUAGAGUGGCUGAGAAAAUGAAUAGGACUAGUGAUCUCCUUAGAUGUAUGACAGUUUCAGAUGUGGUGGCAAACCCUAAGUCUUUCCAUGGAAGAGUGAGAUAUGUUGAAGAAACUGAUACAAGAAAGCAAGAUUGUGUCAAGAUGUUGGAAUCGAUUUGCGAAAGCAUUGAUCUUCCGGAUUUUAUAGGAAAGUUUGGACUGAAAAAGCUUUGUUUAGCGUUUUCUUGUUUGUUGUUCUGCACAGCGUCAAGCUCUGCAAAGUUACACUUGAGCAGUUCCAUACAGCUUCUUGUGAUUGAUGAAGCUGCUCAGUUAAAAGAAUGCGAGUCAGCGAUUCCUUUGCAGCUUCCUGGACUUCAACAUGCGAUUCUGAUCGGUGAUGAGAAGCAGUUGCCUGCAAUGAUUCAAAGCAAGUUUGCUUCAGAGGCUGAUCUUGGGAGGAGUUUGUUCGAAAGAUUGGUUUUCUUGGGACACAAGAAACAGUUGUUGAACAUGCAAUACAGAAUGCAUCCUUCGAUUAGUGUUUUCCCUAACAGUGAGUUUUACGGUAUGAAGAUCUUGGAUGCUCCUUCUGUGAGAGUGAGAAGCCAUGAGAGGAAGUUUCUUCCUGAGAAAAUGUAUGGACCUUACUCUUUCAUCAACGUCGCUCAUGGUAGAGAACAGUUUGGACAAGGUUACAGUUUGAAAAACGUUGUGGAAGUCUCUGUUGUGGCUGAGAUCGUCUCAAAGCUUUACUCAGUAUCAAGAAAGACGCAAAAACGGAUCAGUGUUGGUGUGAUUUCACCAUACAAGGCUCAAGUGUUUGCGAUUCAAGAAAAGAUUGGUGAAAAAUAUAAUACCGGAGAGCUGUUCUCAGUGAGUGUUCGAUCGGUUGAUGGGUUUCAAGGAGGAGAAGAAGAUAUCAUUAUAAUCUCGACUGUUAGGUCGAACGGUAAAGGAACAAUUGGUUUUCUAUCUAACAAACAAAGAACCAAUGUAGCUCUCACACGUGCAAGAUAUUGCUUGUGGAUUCUUGGAAAUGAGGCGACUUUAACCAACAAUAAAUCGGUUUGGAGGCAGUUAGUAGACGAUGCCAAAGCAAGAAACUGUUUCCAUGAUGCAGAAGAUGAUGAAGCAUUGGCUCAGUGUGUUGAAAGAUCAACAACGGCACUUGAUGAUCUUAAGAAGCUUCAAAACAAGAAGCUUAUUUCCUUUGAAAAUUCAAUAUGGAAGGUUUGGCUUACCGAUGAGUUCUUGAAGUCUCUGGAGACGAUAGUAGACUCUGAAAUUAACAAAAGAGCUAUGAGCAUUUUGGAGAAGUUAUCAAAUGGAGAGCUUCACCAAGAAUCGGAGACUGAGAGUGACAAUCUGUUUAGACAACAAGAGAUUGAUGAUGGCCUAAGUCUCAUUUGGUCAGUAGACAUAAUCAAUAAAGAGAAUCACCAUGUCCAAGUUUUGAAGAUAUGGCACGUUUUGCCAUCUUCUGAUGUUACUCGUGCGGAAGAAUGUCUAGAGAAACAUUACAAGAGAUACACGAAAGUGAAGAUAGAACGUUGCAGAUACAUUUGCUCCCAAGGAGAUUUAGUUGUACCAAUGAAAUGGCCGGUCAACUUUUGCUCAAAGAAUGACAUUGUAAACGAUGUUUCAAGAUCGUUUGCAUUGUUGAGUGUUGUGGAGGAAACUGAGGCUCCUAAACCAAUCAAGAAAGAAUCGACGGUGAAGAAAGUGUGGAAGAUUAGAAGAAAGGUUCAUCUCCAAAGAUCUUGA